GUGAUUAUUGCAGUGUGCUAAAAUGGCGGUGUGAGUGACAAGCUCAACAAGUUCAGGAAAAUCUCUCUUUUCUCCCGUCGGGUUAUCGUUUCUCGGCGGAAGGGAAUCUAUUCUACUUGUGCGUUGUACUAAGAAGUUAGUUUCAGUUACUUGGAUUAUGGAGGCGCAGAAUUAUACGGCAACAUGGUUGGCGGAAUGGCUUCACAGUUGGCCCCGACUUAUGAUAUCACAGGGUUUCAUGGAGACUAACUCGACGUUCGCUCCAGACGACUACGAUUAUUUGGAGGCGCUGACAUUCUGGGGAGCUAUUCCAAUUGCUUUUUUAUUUCUUUCACUACUAUUCUUCUUGGUGUAUUUCUGCUGCUGGUGCUGCUGCUGCCGACACCCAAAACCCAAACGUAGAAUACCUUGCUUGAAAUGUUUUCUUCUACUAUUUACUGUGCUUUGUCUGGUAGCGCUUGCAGUUGGUUUCUAUGGCAACCAGCUAAUGAAUACUGGUGUGAGCGACGUUGCUGAUGCUGCAGAGAAUGCCAAUGAGACAAUAGUAAAAGUAGAAACGCAGGUGAGUAUCAUUGACCGAACUCUAAGUGAUGACUUGACUCAGAGUCUUGAAGACUUGAAAGGAACCUUUUCUCUACCGAUCAGCAAUGUCACGGUGCAGGAAAAACUCCAAGAGUUGACAUCUGCUAUGAUCCUGUAUGUCGAGGAAGCUGCAGACAGCGUAGUAGAAGUCAAACAGGAAAUUGAGAAGAUAAAUGUGGAAUUCAACGAGGUUGCCAGCAUGAUAAGACACUACGAGUUUUUGAGGUGGCUGGUUACCAUUAUAGUACUCUGCUGGGAAGCCAUCGUGUGUCUGCUUGUAUUCCUCGGUGUUUGCCGCUCAUCCAGAUGUGUCCUCUUUUUAGUUGCGGCACUCGGUUUAAUCACUCUAAUUAUAUGCUGGACAGCCUUGGGUGUUAAGCUGUUUGUGUCACUCGGUACGAGUGAUUUCUGUGUUUCACCAGAUGUUUACAUCACUGAUCAAACUGCAGAGUUUCCACUUGGUGAAGAUGUUGUGGAGUACUAUGUGUACUGUUACCCGGAUACGGAUAAUCCAUUCCAAAAUCCCUUGAAAGAUGGACAGACGAACUUAGAUCUGACACAAACCAAUAUCCAUAAAGUAGAGAAAUUGGCUGCAUUGUAUUACCCAAAAGCCAUGAGCACUGUUCAUGUCAUAGUUAGAGGGUUGAACCAGACUGAGGCGGCGAUACAUCAAGUGGCUGCCCUUGUGGAUUGUGAUGUCUUACACAGUGAAUACAUGAGAGCUGUAACUGGCGUAUGUUAUUGUGCGCUUGAUGGUUUGGCAUUGUUACUGGUGAGCAUUGCCGGUGCCGGAUUCUUGUUUGGUCUCAUGGUGUUAGUUGCAUCCUGUGCUUGGCGUCGCUUAGCAACAAAGAAAAACUACUACAAAGUGGAGAAGACAGAUGGGUUGUAUCCAAAGCCUCAGAGUGAUGCGACCCCCUAUCUUGAUGCUUAUUAUAGUCAUAAUACAACUAUGCCUGCUAUACUGAGGUCACCUGAUCCAGAAGUCAGUUCCAUAAGUAGUACCGGUCGAGGAAGUGUGGAGAUUGCACAACGUGCCAAUCAGUACACUGGAGGGCCAACUACCCAACAACUACCUAAUGGUGAACAGACACUGCCACUGAUACGAGGGUCACCACCACCAGCAUAUCAUCCCGUCACCGUUGACCACACUCCACCUCCGCCAACAUCCAUCCCGCCAAAUCCAUAUGACGAGUAUACAGUGGAUCAAUAUCGGCAGAUAUGUAUACACUAAACAAGUGUGCACCAUCUUUUGUGUUCUAAGUCUGAGAGUUACUGUUUUUUCUAGCACAACAGUUUUUAUUAGAAGACUAGCCGUUUUUAUUGAAGAAUGCUUGUUAGAAACGGUGAAUCUUUGCUGACAUUGAUAAUCAGGCACAUUGUCAACAGCAAGAGUUACAUAAACAACAACUCUCAAUUAUUAAUCAGGUUUACUAGGAUUUUUAUUUCCUUGACUGCCACGGUGAUUCUAAGGCAUGUAGUGUGAAUCCUUUGACAAUCUGUGUAUUGUCAUUAAGACGAUAAAUUAGUUUGUAUCAAAAAAUAUCAACAAUUUAAGUUCAGUAAAUGUGAUUUUAACUUUAUUUUCCUUAAAAUCCACAACUUAGUGAUGUGCCUAUUUGACAUUUUUUUCUCAUAAAAUAUUAUUGUAAUCUUUAAUGUAAUGACAUUUUGUCUAAACUUUGACAUCACAAAGGAGUUGUUGUAACUCAUGAAAACAACAGAUUUAUAACAACCUGGCACUAGAGGGCUCUCUACAUUUCAAAGCCCGUUAAAAUAUUUCCCAGUCAUUGUACAGGUUGAUGUUUCAAUAAUUGCUGUAAAUACGGUGCCUUA